CCAUGACUCUGACUGUGCUUUGUUUCCAGCUGAAAGCUCUCUGGGUUCGUCCGGUCUGGGUGGAGGAGGUGGUGGUGGGGGACAGAUCUCCUCCUCUUCAUCAUCAGCCUCCACCUCUUCUUCCUCAGCGAUGGGCUCCGUCUCCAAGAAGGCAAAGAAGGAACUUCCUGCUGAUUCAGGCUGUGGCAGCCCGGAGCCGGAGAGCGAGCUGCCCUCGGAGGACGACAGCAUCUACCCUGAAGACCUGGAGGACAAGAUGAAAGUGUUCAACAACCCUCGGGUCCAGGGUAAGAAGACAGUGCUGGAGAAGCUGGGGGAGGUGGUGGACGUCCUGAAGAAGGGGGGGUCGGGCUCAGACCAGGUCCAGCAGCUGGCCGCUGUCCUCUUCGUCACCAGGCUGCUGGGGGAGAAGGGGGUCCAGGAGAAGAACUCCAUGAGGAGCGACUCCGCCCAGACCAUACGGGACAAGGUGCUGAAGCUGCUGGUGGAGCUGCUGGGCUCGUCCUCCAAAGACCUGGUGGUCAGCACGCUAAGACUCACCCACCUCCUCAUGCUGAAGUACGAGUGGAGGGUCUCCUUUGCCACCGAGGGCGGAGUCAAAGCCGUCCUGUCCUGCAUGCAGGAGUUCUCCACCGUCACUCACGUCCAGCAGCUGGCGCUCGCGACUCUGAAGGUAAUCUCUGGAGCCAGUAAACACGACCUGCACAGCGUCGGCAGCAGCAGCCUCCCGCUCUCCGAGUCCGGCACUCAGAUGAUGUUGGAGAUCUUCGCCAGCAUCGGCUCGGCCACGCCCGAAGGCUCCAAGGGCCUGCUGGGAGCCGUCCCUGCCGCCAUCGACCUCAUGCUGCAGACUAAAGGCUGCUUGCUGUCGGUGCGUAGCGGCCUGCUGGUGGUCAUCAUGCUUAUCUCCAACCACAAGAGUCUGGCGGAGCAGCUGGUGUCCGCCGGCGUUGCCUCCGUCCUGAAGAAGUGUCUCACUCUGUCCAGUGCAGAGACCAUGCUGGCCAUCAUCGCCCUCAACCACAUCUCCAUGGUGCACAAGCUGGAGAGCAAAGAGAGUCAUGAGCAGCUGGACUUUAAGGAUACGGAGCUGCAGAUGGUGGUGGUGAGUCUGAAGGAGCUGACGGCCACUAAGGAGGUGAUCCAGACUCUGGAGCAGCUGCUGUGUGACGACACCUCUCAGCUGGAGGAGCGCAGCCAGGUGACUCACAACCGGGACACUUAUCAGGAUCUGGUCCGUCUGAUGGAGCAGCACCGAGCCGACCGGGCAGUCCAGCUGUCCAUCCUCAGGAUCCUGAACAAGUUCCUAGACAACUACCAGGAGGACAUGCUGCCGUGGCACGAGAGCAUCGAGCCCUGCCUGUCCUCCAUGACGGCCUUCAUCAGCGACAGAGAGGUGGUCCAGCUGUUCAUCCGGUUCCUGUACCGGCUGGCGUCCCUGAACAAGGACUACACGGUGGUGAUGUGUCGCCUGGGGACCAAAGAGGCUCUGGUUAAAGUUCUGGACAAACACAGCACCAACCUGCUGCAGGUCACCGAGCUCAGAGACCUCAUCGCCGACUGUGAGAAGUACGCCAGCCUCUACAAGAAGAUGACCACCAGCGUGCUGGCCGGAUGCAUCCAGCUGGUCUUGGGUCAGAUCGAGGAGCAUCGCCGCAGCCAUCAGCCGAUCAACAUCCCGUUCUUCGACGUGUUCCUCAGGAACCUCUGCCAAGGCUCCAGCGUGGAACUCAAGGAGGACAAGUGCUGGGAGAAGGUGGAGGUUUCAUCCAAUCACCAUCGAGCUAACAAACUGACCGACAAGAACCCCAAAACCUACUGGGAGUCCAACGGCUGCACCGGCUCACACUUCAUCAACAUCUACAUGCACAAAGGAGUCGUCAUCAGGUACAAGAGGCUGAGAUCUGAACUCAUGUUCUCCAUCUGCUCAGAAAACAACGGGAUAUCUGCAGUUUAAACAUGGAGAAUAUUUAAAUUAAUCUGGAGUUUAAACAUGAAGAAUAUUUAAGUUAAUCUGCAGUUUAAACAUGAAGAAUAUUUAAAUUAAUCUGGAGUUUAAACAUGGAGAAUAU